AUGCAGCAUCGCACCACACAACCGUAUCCGAACGUUGCUCCGUUGCAUCACGUCCCGCAUCAGUCGCAGUCGAGAACGUUAAGCGGCAGCCAAAGCACUCAGCAGCCGUAUCCGUCGCCGAACAUCUACACGCCGCAACCGAGUCUGCAGUCCCCGUUUCUCCAUAGCCAGGCGCAAUUCCAGGCGCAGCAGGCGCCCGCCGAAACGCCGAACUUUUUUCCACCGACUCAGAGUCCUCGGAGCCAGCAUAGCGGCGCCGGAACUUAUUAUCCCACGGAGAAAUCUGAGCCUAUGGCAGCAACCGCGGCGAUGCAGAGGCCUUAUCCUCCCAUCUACCACACUCCACAGUCCAACUCUCCUGCUUCAGUGACCUCGCCCCAGACACAUGAUCCCGCAAGGCCAAUGUAUGGUCAACCGGGGGCGCAAUUGAGCCAGCCAACGAUAUAUGGCUAUCAAUAUGGGAUGAACGCGGUGCACCAGCCCAACUAUGGACAACACCAUCAACAGGCACAGCAACAUCAGAUGAAUUCCCAGUCGAUGCUAGCAUCCUAUCAAUCCGCAGCGCCCCAGAUGCCUCAAGGCCAAGUCAACUCGCACCACCCCGCCGUUUCGAGUAGUCCGAGGUUGAAGUCCGAACAGACGGGAAUGCUGCAGCAACAGCAGCAGCAUCCUACUCCGAUUUCGCAACCGACGUCCUUGCCACAGCAACAACAGCCCCAGCAGCCGCCACCGCAGCAGCAGCAGCAGCAGCAGCAGCAACAGGUGCCCCAAGUCCAACAACAGUCGCAACAGCAGCACCAGCAACAGCAACAACAGCAAAAUCCCAAUCUACCUCCCGGCUCGAAUGCCGCUCCUGGGCCAAUUCCCGCCACAACACCAUUGGUGGUACGGCAAGACGGAAACGGCGUUCAGUGGAUUGCUUUUGAGUACUCCAGGGAUCGUGUCAAGAUGGAGUAUACUAUCCGGUGCGAUGUUGAGUCUGUUGAUGCCAACGCCCUGUCACAAGAAUUCAAAUCGGAAAACUGUGUAUAUCCACGAGCUUGUGUGCCGAAAGAACAGUACAAGGGUAAUCGGUUGAACUACGAGACGGAUUGCAACCAAGUGGGCUGGGCGCUGGCGCAGCUGAAUCCAUGUCUUCGGGGCAAGAGAGGUUUGAUCCAGAGGGCAGUGGACAGCUGGAGGAACAGCAACCAAGAUCCGCGAUUGAGAAGCCGUCGUGUCAGGCGACAAGCAAAGAUGAAUAACAGGUCGAAACUGACGGCAUCAGCUUCGGCCCAAGCACCUGGGUCAGGGGGUCAAGUUUCGACAGGGCUUCCUGGUCCAAAUUCAAUGGCGGCUCCCACCACCAGACCAGCCGGGCCCCUGCCAAACACACAGUCUCAGAUCCUGCAUCAUCCACAGGAUUUGUCUCCUACAGGGCAUGAGAAUGUUGGAGCUCCCACAUACAAUCCUGCACAACAAGCUUACCGACAGAAUUCGGUACCUCAACAUAUGGCAAGCCCAAGUAACUUGCGCCAGAGCCACCACUUCACCGGGUAUCCGAGUUAUGCCACUUCGCUGGCUCCUUCGAUGGGCCCGUCUAUGGCUCCCGCCAUGCAACCUGGGCUGCAUCAUCUCGGACGGCCCGGCGGGACAGCCGCAAUGGCUUCGAAGGACCACGAUGAGAAGGAUGAGGAGGACAACGCUCUGUUCGGAGAGCUGCCCGAGGGCAAGCGACGGAAGUUUAUCCUUGUCGAGGAUACCCAGAAGAACGCCCGUGUGAGAGUCAAGGUCACCCUUGAUCAAAUCGAAAUGAGCGAGAUUCCCGAUUCCUACCGAAAGCAGAAUUCCGUUUUCCCGCGCGCAUAUUACCCGGUCCAGAUGCAAGCUUCUUCCGAGUCGACCCGGGAAGCUCGUUUCGUGGAGGAGGGUGAUGAGGUAGACGGUGGCGUGCCAACUCUUGGGAAGACAGCCGUUUCCGUCCAGACCAGUGACGGUGAGGCCGAGGUGAAUGUGCCCCAAAUUUCCAAAAGCAAGCGCGGUCGGGAACAGAAGAUGAAUGAACUUGGAUAUCGCAUGGCUUGGGGACAAGGUCGCGUGUUCUCAGGCCGGCCAAUCUUCCUUGCACGCGCACUUGACUCUUACCGGAGCAAGCAACGAAGUGCUCUCCUUGCCGCUGGUUCAGACCCGUCGACCAUUCCAGCUCACCUCGAGACUCGACCUGGAAAGAGGAAAUGGCUUGAAAGAACAAGAGCCGCGACGCCGGCACCAACACCACCCAACCCCACUGCCGACUAA